UAUUGCACAAAACAACCGAAACAAAUUAAAGAAAAGCAAAGCACAAGAUAGCCAUGGCUCACCACAUUUUCUUCCUCUCUUUUCUAGUGAUCCUAGCAGCCAUUGAAGGCAUCUAUGCGGUUGAGUACUACAAAGUCACAAAUACUGCUGGGAACACUCCUGGCGGGACUCGCUUCAAUAAUGAUAUUGGAUCUGUGUACAGUGGGCAAACAUUGGCUUCUGCUACAAAUUUCAUAUUUGGAAUUUUCCAGCAGAACAAUACUGUAGCAGACAGAAAGAACGUGCACAAAGUGACCUUGUUUAUCGAUGACAUGGAUGGAGUCGCAUAUACUAGCAACAACGAGAUCCACGUUAGUGCGAGAUACAUCAAUGGCUAUUCGGGCAAUGUGAAAAAUGAAAUCACCGGAGUGCUUUACCACGAAAUGACUCAUAUAUGGCAAUGGAAUGGUAACGGGCAGGCUCCGGGAGGAUUAAUUGAAGGAAUUGCUGAUUUUGUGAGGUUGAAGGCAGGGUACGUGCCAAGCUACUGGGUGCAGCCUGGAGAAGGUGAUAGAUGGGACCAAGGCUACGAUGUUACGGCUAGGUUUUUAGAUUAUUGCAAUAGUCUUAGAAAUGGAUUUGUGGCUGAUUUGAAUAAGAAAAUGAGGAGUGGUUAUAAUGCUAAUUAUUUUGUCGAUCUGCUCGGCAAGUCUGUUGAUAUGCUAUGGAGUGACUACAAAGCCAAGUAUGGAAAUUAAAGAUUUCUGGUUAAA